AAAUAUAGUGGAUAUUUGUUGAAAAUCGAAAUAAAUGUUUUGGAAAAAUGCAUCUCUAUAUAUUCGUUUGUUAUAUAGAAAGUAUUCGAAGUGAUACGACCUUUAAUGGAAAGCAAGGAAUCUUUGUUGUUUAAAUACCGGUUUUAUUAUGUAAAGUUCCCCCAUUUUGUAAUGAGAUCUGUAAAGCAACUUUCCCUCUGUGUAACUGAAUUGUAUAAUACGUGAUACAAAAAAUUAACUUCCUGUAUACUGUAUAAUACGUAUUUGGAAAAUUCAUUUCCGAGGAUGUGUCCACGCCAAAACACUGAUUAGAUAAUCUGAAGAGGUGUCAAAAAUAACUUUCAAUAGACCAGUCUUAUCAAGAGAUAAGUUAUCUUUUUUUUUUUUUUCUUUUUCUUUUUUUUCGAAUCAGUCUCAACAAUCUGUCAGAAUGCCUCGUCGAGAUAAAUAUUAUCACCCGAGAUGAGAUAAAACAUACAAACGCCAACAUCCUGUAGUAAGAGUAUGAAUGGAAACGGGGGUAGACCCACGCAACCGGCAUGAGUCAUUUUACCACGUCAUGUAUAUUUUUUCUCGCUAUAAGAUGACAAAAGUGUGACUUUUGACGUAUGUAUAAAUGUAAGUGUAGGUAGGUACUACAAUCAGUAAGAAGAAAAGAAGCAUUCUGUUUAGAGCAUGCUUUGAGAGGAGCUGAUAGUUGCAAGAGUGUCUGCUUGAAAGAACUGUGUUUGAACUCGACUUGUGAAGUGCGAAGAGUUAUUAAUAUAUAAUAGUAUUUCUUAGUAAUUAUUUUUCUAUCGACUAUUUAAAGAAACUUUAGAAAAAAAAAAGAGAAAGAAAAAGUGACUACACUUAUUCGUGCUGAAACGAAACAGUGAAGGACAUUAACUUAUUUCUGUCACUAAUAAAAUCAAAUUAAUAUAUCGCUUUAACUGAUCAGCAUCAUGACAGGAAAAUGUGAUGAGGCGAUAGUACCGUAUGUGACAGUGUAAGAAUUGUUCAUAAGCCAACAUAUCAAAUAAACAAUAAAUAAGUAUUAACGCGAUAAACAUUAAAUAAGCAAUAAAGAAGAGAGAGAAAAAAUAAAAACUAUUGUCAAUUAUUAGACCGACUCAGCUUUCUGUUGUAUAACUGUACAAGCACCACGAGACUAACAACUUCACCAAAAUGUUUGCCAAGUUAAUGGGAGUGAAGGAUACAAUCCAGUCUCAUGUUAUGGAACUGGCAGAGAACUACACCAAUCAAGAAGAAGAAGAAGGUUUCAGUCGGAGCGGCGCCUUAGCAGAGCGUGGCAAAAUGGUCUUUCUUCACGGCGUCCUCUACCUCGAAGUCAUCGAGGGGCGCGACCUCCCUGACGUCGACACCUCCUGGUUUCGGUCCUCGAAGGAUGUCUCGGAUCCGUACGUGACCGUCGACACGUGCUUUGCGGGUCGGAAGACGUGCCGCAUCGCCAAGACGUCCAUCAUCUACAAUUCCCUAAACCCUCACUGGGGCGAGAAGUUCCGCAUCGAGAUGUGCCAUGAAGCGGAGUCCUUCCUGUUCACCGUCAAGGACCUCGACUUGGUCAAGAUGGAAUCGAUGGGAUACAUGAGCAUCAGAGCAGAAGAUCUCCUUCGCGACGAGCCUGUGACUGGCUGGUUCCCGAUCAUAGACAAGAGCGGGAACCCAGCCGGUGCCAUCAAUGUGUCACUGCGUUUUUUGUCCACGGAUGAGAUAACGCGGUCCAAUGAGGUUCCAGACACAGUGUUUCCCAUGCGGACUGGUUGCCGUGUAAAGCUUUACCAGGACGCCCACACGCCCGCUGAGUCGCCGAUCACGGACGUCCCGACACGAACCGGAGACGCAUACGAACCACCACAACUGUGGGUAGACAUCACCAACGCUAUAGACAAUGCACAAAAGCUUAUCUAUAUCAUCGGAUGGAGUGUGAAGGCUGAUAUGAAUCUCUUACGCGAUGGCGAGUGCGAGAAUCUGGGUGACAUGCUAAAGAGGAAGGCAGCGGAAGGGGUCAGGGUGAUGGUGAUGGUCUGGAAUGAGGCCAUGAGCACUGACAUCUACACGCCAGGUAUCAUGGGCACUCACGAUGAGGAGACAAGGCUUUUCUUUGAGGGAUCAGAAGUUGAAGUCUUCUUGGCACCACGUCAGAAGAACAAGGGCAAGCUAAUGGAGAGUAACUUUGUGGCAACCUUGUACACCCACCACCAGAAGUGUGUUAUAGUGGAUGCUGAAGCAGAAGGUGAUGACAGGCGACGUCUAGUGGCAUUUGCUGGAGGCAUUGACUUGACGGAUGGACGCUAUGACACGCCUGACCACCCUCUGUAUAAAACACUGCCAGAACAACACCAGCAUGAUUUCUACAAUGGCAUUUGUCAGUCUUCAGUUACUCAAGGCCCACGUGAACCUUGGCAUGAUAUCCAUAUGUAUGUAGAAGGACGGGCAGCUAAUGACUUGCUGCAAAACUUUGUAGAGAGGUGGCGUCGCCAGGCUACAGAUAGGGAAAACCGUCUUCUCCCAAUCAGUGAAGAUGAUUUUAUAUUGGAGUGGGAUUCUCCAGAUGAGAUGAUAUGGAAUGUCCAGUUUUUCCGUUCUAUUAACUCUGACUCAGCACAGUUUGAUUCAAAUGUCCUGGAUAGACUACUUACCAGGAAGGGCCGAUUGUAUGAGAACUCCAUCCAGAGAGCAUACGUACAUCACAUACGACGAGCUAAACGCUUUAUUUACAUAGAAAAUCAGUAUUUCCUGGGGUCAGCACAUAGCUGGUUAGUGCAUGAAGCAAAGUGCCCCCAUCUUAUCCCCAUUGAGCUUACAACGAGAAUAAUAAAUGCCAUAAAUGCAGGUGAGGACUUCCGGGUGUAUGUAGUGAUUCCUAUCCACCCAGAAGGAGAUCCAACCUCAACAGCUGUACAAGAGAUCCUUCACUGGCAACAUCGCACAAUGGAAAUGAUGUACAAAAAGAUUGCUAAGGCCAUUCGUAAGGCCAAAAUAGAUGCCCAUCCUACUGACUACCUUAGCUUCUACUGUCUAGGGAAGCGAGAAUGUCCAGAGGAUCUCCCAGAUGGUUUGGAUGAACCAGACUCUGGAACUGUAGCUGAAAAGGCACGUGAGAAUCUCCGUUUCAUGAUCUAUGUCCACUCCAAAAUGGCAAUAUUUGAUGAUGAAUAUAUUAUUGUAGGUUCCGCCAACAUCAAUGAAAGGAGCAUGAGUGGCAACCGUGAUUCUGAAAUGGCUCUAGGAGCAUACCAGCCAAUGUAUACCAAAGAAGAGUGCGGAGACGGUGAGAUAGAAGGUGACAUUAGAACUUUCCGCUUAUCCCUGUGGGCUGAGCACUGUGGUGCCCACAUGGAGGAGCAUCUUACACCAACUUCUCUUGACUGCAUGAGGGCCAUGAAUGAAGUUGGAAAGACUAAUCUGGAGAAGUUCAUCUCACCAGAACCAGAGCACAAUGAUUCUCACUUGAUGUCCUACCCACUUGACAUCAAGCCGGAUGGCAGAGUGGUGGUGCGAGAGGACCUGGAGAAAUUCCCAGAUACUGGUGGCUCUAUCACUGGCAAGAACUCCAACUUCCUUCCAAAUUCUCUCACUACAUAGAUUGUAACUGAAUUAUGGGAUUUAUCCAAAUUAAGGGGCAUCAAUGUAAUGGAAAAAACAGAACCUUUAUAACAUGCUCAAGUAAAGCAACAGUGAUUGGCCUAAAUGCAAUCAUGUAGUCUUGUUGUGUGACCUUUUUUCUUUUUUCUUUUCUUUUUUUCUACAAAAAACAAGGUGUUUUUGCAAAAGUGCUUUAACACAGCUAGAACGACAGAUGGAAGUUUUGCAAAGCAGUGACCAUUAGCUUGCCUUCUCUGCGUACAAAAUGUUAACACAAACCCAUGCUGUAGAUAAUAGUAUGUAUUGUUUUUGUAUACAGACUUUUAUUACAUCAGGAGCACAAUUUGUUGUAGUCUAUAUGUAUGUAUUUCUGACUUUAGAAAUGUAUUCACACUUUUAUAAUGAUAGUGUUUCUAUUUUUAUUUAAUUUUAUUUUAUUUACUAUACUGGAAAACUCAAUUUGAAAAAUACUCAUAUGUUUUAAAUUUCUUAUGUAUGACAAUUUCAUCAGUAAUUCUUAUACUAUUUCUAUAAUCAAAAUAUAGAUUGUAAGUGUCUUUUCUGAUUUAUACAUUUAUUUACAGAAACGAGUAGGCAAUAUUUUUUUCUUUGCUUGUAAAGACACGUAAUUUUUCACCAAUUAAAAUUGUUUUCGGGAUGAAUGUAAUAAAGAUUUUUUUUUGUUUUCUUAAAAUGAUCAUCAGUUUUUAUUCUAUCAAGAUUUUAUACUUUAUUGUUAGUUUUAGGGAUAGUUUUAUAGAUAAAUAUAACUCAGUGCUGCAGCUGCGUAGAUACUUAGCAACAGGUAAUGAUAGAGAGGUAGAUUAAAGUCCAUGAAUGAUAACAUUACCAUGCCAAAUUAUGAACAUACAGAUAACACAUAGGAAGAUAAUACAAAAGACAGAUAGCCAUAGAUGUAGAUAGACAACGAAGUAUAGUCUAAGAAUGAAAAGAUGCACAACUCCCUGGUUUUUAAAUCAUUUCUUGAAAUGCACACCAAUCCAUCCUUCAAAGUGAAUUUCUAUCAUUAUUUCUGCAGAAGCUUUGUGAAUUGUGUAAAGAAGUUUUUGUAAGUUUUCUCUUCAUCUUGCUAAAGGCAAUAUGUUUAUAAAUGUACAGAUAACAGUGACAGCUAGCUUGGUGAUGGAACACUGAGAAUAGUGGAGGUAGCUACUAUUUGUGCUGGUGCCUGAAUCAUGUCUUUUCUAAUAUUAGUGUUUCAGUGAUUUUUUUUUUAUUGCUUUGUGACAUGAAACUAUGAGCCAGUGUAUAUCACUUUUCUGUUAUCACUUCUCCUUUUUAUCUCAAUGACGUAGGUUGCAUAGAUGUACAGUAGGAGUUUUAUCAGAUGUCAAUAUUUGACUUUAAUUAUUUUUGUAAUGCUCUUUGAAAUACUGUACUUGCACAAACAUAAUCUGAAGUAACAGUUAAAUGUGACUUUGUGUGAAUUUCAUGACCUCUCUCUUGCUCGCUAUUUUUUGGGCUUUCUUUUAUAUAUAGUGCUAUUGUGGCAACUUUUGUUUGAUUGCUGACAGAGAUCUUUUUACACAUUAUCAUUUAAUUUUACUCAUAUCGAUUUCCAUGUGAACAUACUCUUUUAAGAAGUUCAUUACUGAAAUAUUGUAAAAUAUUUUUGAAUACUUUAAGUAGCCUUGUGUUCAGUACAAUUUUCAAUGUAUGAUACAACAUAAUGCUGUAUUUAAUGGCCACUGUAGUUCAUUGCCAAACAUUACAUUUUCAGAAAUGUAAUGAGCAUUUACUCAAUGUAUUUCAGUAGCAUAAUAUAGAGAUAUUGUUUGGUUUUAAGAUUUGCCAACAAGCAAACAAAAUAUUCCUGUGUUCUUUAAUAUGAAUAUCAAAAUGGAGGAGAUUGUUUAUUGAGAUAAAAUGUGAUCGGUUUUGAUCAUCAUUUUGAUUAUUACAGAUGCUCUUUUUUAUUUGAAGAUAUUGAUAUGUAGUGAAUUAUCAAAGAAAACAAGAUACGAAAUGUAAUGAAAUUAUUUUAGUUUCUUCUCAACAUUAUUUAUUGGUACUUGCACAUAUGUAUUCAUUAUAUAUAUAUGCAUGUAAUGUAUGCUUUAAUGCACUAUAGUUCACAUAUGAUUUUUAAUAUCUUAAUAAAAAAAAAAAAAAAUUACCUGAAUGCAUGUAAAACUUUUUCAAAUUGAUCUGUACUUGUAAAACUUGCAAGAUCCAGAAGAGUCAACAUAAUUAGAUCUCAUUAAAGUAAGAUAAUAUUGAGAAUAAUAUUAAAACCUCAUCAGUUGCUAUUUGUAUAUUGGAAGGUGACUUACAUUAAGGUUAUAUCAUAGACAUACUAUUGUGAACUGGAGAUUUUGAAUGUUAAAUUGAAACACAUAAGACUUAUUUACCUAAAUAUUUAUAAAUAAUUGCACAAAUAUGUUGAAUUACCUGUUUAGUAUUUUAUCUUGUUUGUACUGAAUACUUCUCACUUUGUCGUGUACUGGUGCUGAAAUUGUCAAUUUAUCAAUUCUUGAAUAAAUCUAUGGAUGCAUAA